GAACAAAAAGUCCCAACGUGCCACUCGAGUUGAAGGUUCGUGAGAAUCCCUAGCAGCUUGUCAAUUUUUCUCCAUUCCUUCACAUCCUCACCUCCCUCUCUUGAACUUCUUCGCUGAGGGACCUUCUUCUUAUCACAUAACCCCAUCUUCAAGAUGUCACGCAUCCUACGACCAGCGAGUCGUUUCGUUUCUUCAGCUCGCCCAACACGAAAUGCAUUUCAAUCUUUUUCCCGUCUACCGGCCAUUGUGCAAAGCAGAGGAUAUGCAAAGGAGAGCGGUGUUAAGGAAUACACAGUCAGAGAGGCUUUGAACGAAGCCUUGGCCGAAGAAUUGGAGUUAAAUCCAAAGGUCUUCGUUCUGGGUGAGGAAGUCGCCCAAUACAAUGGCGCAUACAAGGUUACCAAGGGUUUACUGGAUCGUUUCGGUGAAAAGAGAGUUAUUGAUUCCCCCAUCACUGAAUCUGGUUUCUGCGGUUUGACCGUCGGUGCUGCGUUGGCAGGUUUACAUCCUGUGUGCGAGUUCAUGACUUUCAACUUCGCAAUGCAAGCUAUUGAUCAAAUUGUCAACUCCGCCGCCAAAACUCACUACAUGUCCGGUGGUAUCCAACCCUGUAACAUCACAUUCCGCGGACCCAACGGUUUCGCAUCUGGUGUCGCAGCACAACAUUCACAAGAUUACUCUGCAUGGUACGGAAGCAUACCCGGUCUCAAGGUUGUCACUCCAUGGAGUGCCGAAGAUGCCAAAGGAUUACUCAAAGCUGCUAUUCGCGACCCCAACCCUGUCUGCGUUCUCGAGAACGAAUUGUUGUACGGUCAAUCUUUCCCAAUGAGCGAGGCUGCCCAGAAGAAUGACUUCGUUCUUCCAUUCGGCAAAGCCAAGAUUGAGCGUGCUGGAAAGGAUCUCACUAUCGUUACUUUGUCCCGCUGUGUUGGACAAUCUCUCGUCGCCGCUGAGAACCUCAAGAAGAAGUAUGGUGUUGAAGUCGAAGUUAUCAACCUCCGAUCCAUCAAGCCUUUGGAUGUCGAAACUAUCAUGACCUCCCUUAAAAAGACCCACCGUCUCCUCGCUGUCGAGUCCGGUUUCCCAGCCUUCGGUGUUGGUGCUGAAUUACUUGCCUUGACUAUGGAGUUCGGUUUCGAUUAUCUCGAUGCCCCAGCCCAAAGAAUUACUGGUGCCGAAGUCCCAACCCCAUAUGCUCAAAAGUUGGAAGAUAUGAGUUUCCCUAACGAGCAGUUGAUUGAGAACUAUGUCGCCAAGAUGUUACGAUUGUAAGAAAAUGAAAGUUUCUAGAAGUGAUAACGAGGAUGGUGGGCUGGGUUUGGGAGGGGUGGAGGACGUGUAUUAAAUAGCAUACUCCUGGCAAAUAUACCAAUAAGACCUUUGUUUGAACCCGUACAAUACUACCUUGGACCCAAGUAAAUGUGAAUUCGUGAGCGUUUUACUAUGAUCCAUUCUUCCA